AUGGCAUCAAUCACCCCCAUACACGCGCAAGCUAUCACGCAAAAGCCACCUGCGACGAAACCAAGCCGCAUUGCGGCAAUUGCAUUCGACACGCAAUUGAUUGCGAUUUCAGCUGGAUGGCGGCUAUACCUAUAUCUCGUCGACAUCCUCCCAUUUCAAGCCGCCUACGCGCGCGCACAUGCUCGAUCCUCGACCACGUUACCUCCGCCAUCGCGGGAUCAACCAUCUCAAGACCUCGCACAACAACAAUUCCAAUUCACCGCCACAGAUAUGGCUUUAUUCCACCACUUAUUGACCUCCAUAGAACUCACGGGCUGGAGCCCUCGCGCGCAACAGGAGCUCUGUCGCCCAGGCUUUGCCCAUCACUUUGUUCUCCGUCUGCUUCUGGCCUUUGCCGGGUUCCAUAUCGUACAAACACCAGACCUCGCCAACAGCCCAUACAUGGGGCUGCACACGGGACUUUUAUACCGAGGCAGACCGCCAUUUGGAUAUCGCGGUGCGCGAGAUCAGCACGCUGGUGCCGCAAAUCAACCCCAAUAA